UUUUUUUUUUAGAUACAUCAAUUAAACAUUUGCACAAAAUACUAUAAUAACAAUCGCAACAAAAGAAAGAAAUAAACAAGAAGAGGAAUAAAAAAGAUAACAAGAAAAGUUCAGCAGACCUUAUCUACAUAGGAAGCGUGCAAGAGCGGGGAAAUACAUUGGAAACUCUGUUGUUUUGGACAUGUCAUGUCAGCAAGUAUCACGACUUCACACUACAGCAGAAACAUCAGUCUCAUAUGAGGAUCAGGAUCCGUAUGUGUUCACAGAAACCGUGCCAACAACGCCACCCAUUUUAUUUAACGCGCAGAAAUCGCGAAGCAGAGUAAUAAUAACAACAACACCAAGAUCAACUGCAACACCAAAACAAGCUGCAACUACAACAGCACCAACCGCAGCAACGCCAACGCAAACGCCGGCGAAACUAACUCUCAUCACAGCCGACGCCAACAAACGACCCCAAACACCAGUAGUUGCAGCCAACGCAAAAUUAAAAUUCAAUCAAAAACUGCCAUUGGGACCCUUGAAUGGCAACAAUACAAAAACGCAGGCGACAUCCACGUUCGCUGCUGCAACGGUCCAUAAUGGACCCACAGCAGCAGCAACGGCGAAAGCGGUUUCGCCUUCAACUGUGAAAGCUAUAAAUUCACAAUCUCAGAAGCAACCGCAACAACAGCAAAAGAACGUGUGUAUAGUGCGACCACAGCAGCAGAAACAACAGCUGAAUACGACGCCGCGUCAGCAACAACAUUUUAAAGCGCAGCAGCGGAAGCUAACGUCUUCGCCUCCGCCAUUAUUGCAACACACACCGUCACUAUGGCAGACACCUUUGCUGUUGGACACAGUGUCUGCGGCGGUAAGCCCACCGACAUCACCCGCUUCGUUGCCCUCACCGCCAGCGGUAGCCGCUUUAAUGCCCACGCCAGAAUCGUCUCCAACGGCGACAACCACAGCUAUGGUUAGCCCGCUGAUUACAGCAACGGCGUCAACAUUGCCACCAUCUAAAUUUCAUCACAACACCCUGGCACAGCAUUUGCAGAAAGUAGAAUGCAUCAAAAAGCCAAAGAAAUGGACUUCUAGCGUCGAUGGUUCAAGUUUCAAGCUAGCAGAACAGUUUCAAUCACUGCAAAAUAUACAGGAAUCAAGACCUGCAUUGAAGCAACAUGAGCCACAGCAGCAGCAGCAGCCGCAGCCGCAUUUUCAGUUACAAAGACGGGAGGUGGGCACCAAAACUGUCGUAGUGCCACCGACUCCAGCACCACAAAACGCUUACACGAACCACCAUACCCAAGCACAGUCGCACCCCAACAAGCCAAUCAUAGCCACAUCCUCUGCACCGCCCCCAUUGCAGGCAAUUCAGGCGGUUUCCCCACCACAACAUUCCGAUUCCGAUUUGAAUGAGAUUCCAGUAAAUGUUAUAUUUCGCAAGCCUCAAACGAGUGAAAUUUUACAUUCAAAGCUCGGUAGCAGCAUAAGUGUGACUGCAUUGAGCAAUGUUACAGGUCGCAGCAUCAGCGAUAGUAGCAGCACAAUAUUAAAUAGUAAGAGUCCUGCAGUCGAAGUCGUCAAGAGGAGCUCAUCUAAUGUUAAACCUAAAAAUGCAAAAAAUGUUUCAUCAAAUGUGCUGCCGAAAUCCAUACCUAUACCUGCUGGCACUGUGGUUACCGAAACUGGAUUAUUGGCGUCGCCUAGCUUACAGCCUGCCCCACAUGUGCUUCGAGACAUUGUCUUUACGCACAUCGGCAUUACGCCGAGCAAAGAUAAUUCGACACUACCUGCCCAAACGAACAAUACACCUCAUUACCAUCCACUUGCAGCUAUGCCUCAACAGCAGCAAAAUAUGUCUUCCAUGGCAAAGCCGCCGCCACCACCACCACCACAACCGCUUAAAUAUGAUUCUCCAGCUCCUCCUCUAUUUGUUCACAAACCAACAGCAGGUGUUAACAAAAUGCGUGCAGAGGAGAAGUGCCCGCAAAAGAUAACAGACACAUUCAAGGGGAUGGCUGCGGUCAAAGUCACUACGGCUGCUGCGAAAAACGCACCAAAACGCAAGGCGUCUGGCACGCCAACGGUCGUGAUGAGAAGCAACAAUGCCGUUCCACCAUUUAUAAAGAGGCGCGGUCGAAAAAUGGGACCAUUACAUUCACCAUAUGAUAAUCAGUGGUUGGCAAGUGGCGCUGCUUUGAUUGAAAGCGGCAGCAUUGGGCAAAGCAAACGUUAUUGUAAAGCUGUGGCUGUGGUAAAAAUGUCUACUGCUGAAAUUGAAGCCGAUACUACUUUGUUGGCAUCAGCUACAGUACUACCGUAUUGCAUACAAAAAAAUUGGCUUCAUAUUACCCGCGAAAUACAGUUAGUUGGGGGCGUUGGUGAUGUUGCAACUGCAACUGGAAAAAGUGUUCACAAUUUGGAUACACUUUUAACAGCAACAAGCGAGCGUGAGGCGCGCAUUAUGCAGAGAAAGAUGCUUUUGCAACGUCAAGCGUUACAAUUGCUCUCCACAUAUUCGUUACAAAAGUUGCCGAUGCAGGCAGCUAGACGUCGACUGAUGUGCGUAGAUCGUUUGCUUCGAAAAUACGAGCAUCAUGGCGUUGAUGACAUAAUUGCCCCAAAGAAAUGUAAUUAUGUCGGCUGUAGCAAGGGUGUCCUGGAGAUGGCAACGCUAUGCGAGGACCAUAUUGUAGAUAAUGUAUCUCAGCAUAUUUUCUUGCCGUGUACGGCGAAAUUUGCUGACAACACCCAAUGCCGCAUACCUGUCUUUGACAUAAUGCACGACCUGCCCCUUUGUCAGGAGCAUGCACGGAAACGUGAUGCUUACAAUCGCUCAGGGUACGCUCAGCAGCGUCCAGGGAACUGUAAAUUUGGGGCAAGAACGACAAGAACAUUAUCGCAAAAUUCUUUGGAUUGCGAUGCAGGCGAUUUGCUAUUGCAACUGAAACAAAUUCAAUAUCAACACAAACAACAGCAUCAUCAUCAGCACCAGCAACAACAGAUGCAUAUGGAACCGAACCUCCGUAAUGCUGUUACAAUUGGUAAGACUAAAAAAACUAACAAUGUAAAAAUUACGGCUGUUCGCAAACGUAAGGCCCCUAAUGUAGCAACAGCCAACACGGGCGACCGACCACAAAAGCGACCACGAAAAAUGGAUAUGAAUGGAACCCCGACCCCUGCACCAAUAGGUGCAACAUUAGCGCCGCUUCAAUUGACAUCGGCAGUGCUGCAACGCAAGAGCAGCACCACUUCACUCGAAUCAAUUGCAAGUAAUUCGCAGUCCUCUAAUUCACAAUUGCAUUACAUUUCGUCGAAUGUGAAUGUUCCAGCUCAGGGUAAGAUUGCGAUGCCUGCACUGGCACCUCUCAGUGGACGCAAUGCCCCUGUUCUCAGUAGCACUAUCUCAUCGGUACCGGCACCGAAACGUCAGCUUAACUUUAGCACUGUCAGUAGAAGCGAUAACAGCGCAAUGCUAUCAGGCAACGAUGUGAUGACACAAGAUUUGAAGCCACAUGAAAUUAAUCAGUUGGUGGCACAGUUCUCUGUAGCAGUGAAAAAUAAUAACAGCAACGCCAACAACAACAACAACAAUGAAAAUAGCAACAGUCUCAACGCAUAUAGCAACAAUAGCAUUAGUAACUGCUUUAAUUACAUCAGCUCGAAUUGUGACUCUAAUUUCACAUCGGCGCUAGGCUCGUCAUCAUCAUUGCCGUCUUCAACAGAGGAAUUGUUCCGCCAAGAGUUGCUAAGUGUCUGCGAAAAUAGUUCGGUCUAUGCUAGUUCCGAAGAUACUGGUCUGGGUGGAUUGAGUGAAACUGAGCUGAUGGUUGGCCCCACUGAUACAGAUGACAUCCCGCUGGGUGACACACGUCUGCUAGAGGAGCAUGAUUUAGCGAAUGUGCUCAGCGCGUUGCCAGAGGAUGCGUUCAAUGAAUUAUUCACAGCAGUGCAUCAAGAGGAACGCGAAGAAGUCGAGCGUGCCCUCGAAUUGGCUGACAAACAUCUUAAAAGUUUACAACAAACAAUCGGUUCAGACAUUGAUUUCUUAGGAGAUUUCCCUGACGACGAUGAGAUCCUGGCCGACACUAAUGCUAUGUGCAGCAAAAUGGACAUAGUGUCUUCGGCUAUGCGUUCGCCAGACGCCACAUCUGGCAUUGACACCUCAACACUGUUUCUUGAUAGUGGUAGUAAUAGUGUAGGCGGAGGCGGUGGUAGCGUAAACUGUAGUAAUAUUGCGGAUAUACGUGGUCUGGUGCAAACGUAAGUGCUAGGACCAGUGAAUGGAAGUUAUUGGUCGCCGCCGAGGAGGAUAACUCGCCAACAAGAAAAAAGUAAAUAUUAAUGUGCAAGACGUUA